AUGGAUGUUAUGGAAAUAAAAACAACAACAACCGGAAGUUCUUCUUUGUUACAACAAAACGAUAGAAAAAUGGAUUUGUUAAACGAAGAAACAUAUCGAAAGUUAUUUUACUACGAUGAGCCAAAAAAAUUACCGUUUAUAAAAAAAUUAAAAACAACCAUUAAAUGCGACAAACAAAUUAUUUUUAAUAUUUUUCCAAUAUUAAAAUGGUUGCCUAAAUAUAAAAAAACGGAUUUGGUGAGUGAUAUAAUUGCCGGUUUGACUGUCGGAGUCAUGCACAUUCCUCAGGGUAUGGCAUAUGCUCUCCUUGGUGGCGUACCACCGGUCGUUGGUAUAUAUACAGCUUUUUUCCCCGUAUUAAUGUAUAUAUUCAUGGGAACUUCACAUCACGUGUCAAUGGGGACUUUUGCUGUUGUUUCCAUGAUGGUGGGAAAAAGCGUCGACGAAUAUGCUUUCGUUCCCGAAACGAAUUCUACGAUUUAUUAUUUGGAAGAACCCUCAAAAUUAACACCGAUUGAUGUGGCUUCUGCUCUCUGUCUCGUAGUCGGAUUCUGGCAAUUAGCAUUAAGUUUUUUCCGACUGGGAUCUCUAUCAGUUUUAUUAUCACAAACCCUGGUAUCGGGUUUCACAGCGGGUGCUGCCGUACACGUUCUCACGUCACAAAUUAAAAAUUUACUCGGUAUAAAAGCUCAAAGAUAUUCGGGAUCAUUUCAAAUAUUAUAUCGAUACGUCGACAUUUUAUCAAAUUUAUCCACGGCUAACGUGACUUCGGUUAUUUUAUCCCUAUCCUUUAUAACACUCCUGGUCACUUUUAACGAAUUCGUAAAACCAUUAAUGCAAAAAAAAUUAAAGAAAAAUAUUCAAUUUCCCAUCGAGCUGUUGGUGGUAAUACUCGGAACGUUGUUAUCCAUGUUUCUUAAAUUAAAAGAAAAUUACGGUGUCGUUAUUGUUGAAUAUGUUCCUAAGGGAUUACCCUAUCCCACCGUACCCCACGUGAAUAUUUUACCUAAUCUCUUAACCGAUGGUUUAAUUAUUGCCAUUGUGGCAGUGUGCAUUAAUAUUUCGAUGGCGAGAAUGUUCGUGCAAAUAAAAGAAGUUCCAGGCAUAUUCAAAACAUGUAAACUUGAGGGUUUGGUUUGGGUCUCGACAUUUUUAUCCGUUAUAAUAUUUGACAUAAGUUACGGUUUAGGCGUGGGAUUGAUAGCAUCCGCAGGUUCUUUACUAUAUAAAUGCAAAAAAUUUCAAAUUAUUUCAUUGGGUUCCAUACCGAAUACAAAAACUUAUUUAGACUUAAAUCGUUAUAAAAAAUCACAAAUCGUUAACAAUGUAAUAAUUUUAAGGGUAGUCGGAGGCAUCCAUUUUGCAAAUUCAAACGACGUUAAAACCUCACUUUUAAAAACUUAUAUCAACAUGUAUAAAAAUAUGUCUUUGACAUUCGCGAACGAAGAAAAAUUAAAAAAAAAUAGACCUAUGGUUUUAGAUUUAUCCCGAGUACCAUUUAUCGAUUCUUCCGCCAUAAAAUGUUUCAAAUCUUUAAAACAAGAUUUAAAAAUAUACAAAUCCGACAUUUUAUUGUGCGGGUGUAAUCCCGGUAUAUAUUCGACAAUGGAAAAAUCAAAUUUAUUUAUUGACAUACCGAAAUCGUUUAUUUUUCACGAUUUACACGAUGCUUUCAUUCAUAAUUUUUUAGAAUCAUUAUUAAAUCGUUCGAUCGAUUAA